AGCAUACAACGCGGAGAUGCUCAGCUGCAUAGUGGCGUCGAUUCGCGGUCGAUCUCCAUAUCUCGAAUACAUAUCAUGUGGGCCAUGUCCCUUCCUCGUCGUCCUCUUGGAUACACUCUUACGGGCUUGAACGAUGACGUCGGAUCUUGAGGCAGGGAGCGAGCGAACACCUCUCCUCCAUCCGAACCGAUUAUCCCAGCUUCAGCACGAACAAGACGAAGAAGCCCAAUCGAUUAUUUCAUCCGCUGUGACCAAAGAAGAACAUCAGUUGGCUGGGAGCACGGUGGGAGAGCGAUUGCCAUACAACGAUUAUACGACGAUUGACUGGCUGCAUGACCUGGUCAAAGACUCUUACCGCUUUCGGUACAUUCAAUCCCGCCGGGGUUAUCGCUAUACGCUUCUCUCUCUUUUCGAUGCAUGCUCGGGAUGGAUUGCCGUUGUAAUCAUUGGCGCACUUACCGCUUGUGUGGCUUUUGUCGUUGAUGUCGCCGUUGCCACUGUUUCGGACUGGAAGCUGGGAUACUGCUCGAGCAACCCUUUUCUGAACCGUGAGGGGUGCUGCAAAGAACAGACUCCGCUGUUGUUAAGAGCUAGCUCUGAGUUGAGCACAGAAGAAUGCGCAGCGUGGCAUGGGUGGUCUGAGAGCUAUGGAAAGAGUUUCGCAAUCUACGUCGGCAUGGCUCUAGUCUUUGGCGUAAUCAGUUCAAGCGCGACAAUGCAAACGAAGGGUUCGUUGCCGAGUGUGGGGUCGGACGAGCAGGCGAGUACACCCACGGAUGCUUCGAAGGCGAAUGGCCCGGUUGUUUCGGUUGGGGAGCACAUGAGCGAGUCUUCCAAUUCGAAACCCACGGUCCCAGCAGGCAAGGUCAUGUACAUGGCGGCUGGCUCUGGCAUCCCUGAAAUCAAAACGAUCCUUUCCGGCUUCUCGAUCCCGUCGUUUCUCUCCCUCCGCGUCCUCGUCGUCAAGGCGUUUGGCGCCAUUUUCGCCGUGUCGACGGGCAUGUGUCUUGGGAAGGAAGGCCCGUUCGUGCACAUCUCAACGUGUGUAGGGUACCUUGUUGGCAACCUAUUUCCCAAGUACCGCGACAACGGCCGCAAGAUGCGCGAACUGCUCAGCGCAGCGUGUUCAAGCGGUCUGAGUGUAGCGUUUGGCGCACCGAUUGGAGGCGUUUUGUUCAGCUACGAGGAGAUCAGCACCUAUUUCACCAAAAAGGUGCUGUGGAGGGCCUUCCUGUGCAGUUUGGUCGCCGCAAUGGUCCUCAAGGCGCUGAAUCCUACCGGUACGGGCAAACUGGUGCUCUUUGAGACGAACUACGGCACCGACUACGAGCCCAUACACUAUCUCGUCUUCAUCCUUUUGGGAGUCGCGGGAGGUGUCUUUGGAGGACUGUUCUGCAAGCUGAACUUCAUCUGGAGCAAGUGGUUCCGCUCGUUUUCCCUCAUCAAAAAGAACCCCGUGCUAGAAGUCUUCAUCGUCGUCCUCGCCACGGCACUUCUCCAGUUCCCCAAUCCCCUGACCCGAGAGCCAGGAGACAUCAUCAUCAAGAACCUGCUCGUGGAUUGCAACGACGGCAGCCCAUCAGCACUCUCAUGGGUAUGCCACAACGAAGCCCCCAGCGCCACAACAAACUGGUCAUACAUCGGCUACCUCCUCUACGGCACACUGACCAAACUCCUCCUCACAAUCAUCACCUUCGGCAUCAAAGUCCCCAGCGGCGUCAUCAUCCCCGCCCUCGACGCAGGCGCCCUCUUCGGCCGCCUAGUCGGCCAACUCCUCCCCUCCAUCUCCCCAGGCAUCUUCGCCAUGGUCGGCUCCGCCGCCUUCCUCGCCGGCGUAUCCCGCAUGACCAUCUCCCUCGCGGUGAUAAUGUUCGAGCUAACCGGCCAACUCUCCUACGUCGUCCCACACAUGCUCGCCAUCCUGGUUGCAAAAUGGGUCGCCGACGCAAUCUCCUCGGAAAGCGUCUACGACCUCGCCCAAAACGUCCUCGGCCACCCUUUCCUCGACCCUGACGUCGCCCUGCAAAUCGUCCGCAAGCGAAACAUGACCGUCCACGUCCUCAUCCCGCCCGCCCGCACUAUGCAGGAAAUCACCGUCCACGUACCCCCCUCAAACUGCGUCCCGCACGCCCUCCUCGCGGCGAAACUGAACCAGCUACGUGACAGAGGCCUCAUGGACGCGGGCCUCGUGCUCGUCCAAACACACCAUAAUUCCAGCACGCCCAUCCUGCAGGGCUACAUCGCACAAUCUGAACUGGCCUUUGGUCUCGCGAACCUGGUCCCUGCGUCCCAGGACCCAGAGGCGUUUCAGAUCCGCCUCCUGGGCCACCAGGUCGAUGAUGCGCCCGCGCCGGAAACGCUCGAGGUCGAUCUCUCGCCGUUCGUGGACCGCACGCCGCUGGCGCUGUGUGCCAAGGCGCCGCUGGAAUACGCGGUCGAGAUGUUUUCUAAGCUUGGGUUGAGGUACUUGUGUGUUACUGAGGAGGGGACGGGGGCGCUGGUUGGGGUCGUGCUGAAGAAACGGUUGGUGGGGUUUUUGGAGGGGUUGGGCGAGGAGUGA